AUGGCGGGUGCUGCUUUACCACUCCAGGGUGUUCGCGUCGUCGAACUCGCUGGCUUGGCCCCAGGUCCAUUUGCCGGGCUUUUGCUAGCCGACUAUGGAGCGUCCGUCUUGCGAGUUGAUAGACCCCAUCCGAACGCACAUUCAACGUCUAAAGCCCUUCCUCGUCCAACCAAAGAUGCGUUAACUCGACACAAAACAUCCAUCAGCUUAGACCUGAAAUCACCCGCAUCAAAGGAGGUUCUGCUAUCUCUGAUCCGCAAUGCUGACGUCUUAAUUGACCCUUUCCGCCCCGGGGUGCUAGAAAAAUUGGGUCUCUGUCCUUCGACAGUGCUUCUAAAGGAGAAUCCCCGUUUGAUUGUUGCUCGUAUGACAGGUUUCCGUCGUGAUGGGAAAUAUAAAGAUAUGGCCGGACAUGAUAUCAACUACAUUGCCGUUUCGGGAGUGCUAGGGAUGCUAGGACGGGCGGGGGAAGCUCCCUAUCCACCAGGAAAUAUCCUAGGAGACUUUGCUGGAGGCGGAGCAAUCUGUUUCCUAGGCAUUUUGCUGGCUCUCUUGUCUCGCCAGACCACGGGGAGAGGUCAAGUGGUCAACGCAAAUAUGGUUGAUGGUUCGGCGUACCUUGCAACUAUGCCACGUUUAUCGCGAAAGACUCCCAUGUGGAACGGCCCGCGAGGUACAAAUGUGCUUGACGGUGGCUGCCCCUACUACGGCACAUAUGAGACGAAGGAUCCUGGAAAUUAUUUUGCUAUCGGGCCAUUGGAGCCCCAGUUUUUUGAUGCAUUGUUGCGUGGGUUGCAGCUUUCGCCUUCGGAUGUGUUCCCUCCCAACUCGAACAAAGUCCGUGAAGAUCCAAGCAACUGGCCCUUUAUGCGGAGCGUUUUCGAGAAGAAGUUCAAACAGAAAACAAGAAAGGAGUGGGAAGCUGUUUUCGAUGGAACAGAUGCAUGUGCAACCCCUGUUCUAACUAUGGAUGAACUGGAAGAAGACGGCUAUGACCAGCGGUUAGUCGUCGAGUUGUCCGAUACUCCAGGUCUGAAGUUUUCGGCGCAAGAUGGAGGAUGGUCGCCCAACCCAAUUCGACCAGGUGAAGGUGGUGAAGAAACACUAAAUCGGUGGCUCGGGUGGAAACGUGGGAGAGAUUUCGUGGUCAAAGACGGUGCUCUGGUGAAGGUUACCGGGGCAAAGCUCUAA